AAAAAGCUUUAUUGGACAAAACUAAUAUAUGAAAAUGUUAACAAUAUUGGUUCAUCCAUGUAUUUAGCUUUUCUGGAUGUGUUUAUAUCUGCUAGUGAAUACCUUAUUAGCAACUAUAGUGAUAAAAUUUUAGAAAUAUUAUCCAAUUUAGCUAGUAUGGAUGUCUACAAGGAAUCGUCAUCAUCUAUUCAUGAAAACUGUUUGAUAUCUCAAAUGAGUACCAAAGACAUUGACUUUUCUCAGCUAAAGGAAAAAAGAGGCAAACUAUGUCAAAAUAUUGCUAGUCAGAUAUUCGAAAAUGGACUUAAAAACAAUUUUUUAAGGCGAAUAGUGAAUUCAGGUACUGAUCGUACUCGCAAAAACAGAGUUGUUAAUACUGCCAUUAAAAAAAGCAUUAAAAUGAUGAUAAAAUUUUUAAAUAUCCUAAAGCUUCGCAUAUUUGAUCUUCAUCACGAUGUUUGUUUUGAAAAGUUUUUAGAUUACUAUAGUGUGAUUUUUUCCAGCGAUGUUUUUCAAUCAAAUAAUGAUAUGGCUUUAACGCAGUCUAUAGUAACGCUUUAUAUAGAAGGAACUAAAAUAUUGCCUUCGCAUUUCGAUGUUCUAAAAGAUUGGGUUAAAAAAAUUUAUUUGCUUUGUGGUGAUAUUAAAGAUGAAUCUAAAUCAAAGAAUAUUGAAGAUAACGAGCUUCUUAUUAUAAAUCCCGAAAAUUGCUUAAUUUUUUUUGGCAUAAUAUUGAACAAGGCCUUAUUACCUAUGAUAGAAACGAUUGAAAUUUUCAUUCAAAACAUAAAAUCAGAAUACAUCCUUAUCUUAGACAUAUGUUUAGAUGAUGAAAAUGGGACCUCGUCCAUAAGUUUACUCGAUUACCAAUUAACACUCAAAUAUUUAGCCAAAAAUGAAAAGUUAGCUUCAUCUCUUAUCGGAAACUUAGCUGUUAUAAUAUGUGAUUUGGUCAAGAUAGAUUGUUGGGAAGCGCGAUCCGCUAAAAAGCAAAGAGAGAUGGCAAGUUCACAAAAACAAAUUUUAAUUCUAAACAUAGUUUUGGGAUUAGUAAAAUGCUGCACUGAAUUUUACAGAGUCCUGACAUUCUUAGUUAAACAUUUUUUAACUGUUUCGAAACCGAUAACUGAAUGCGAAAAGUCGCCACUUACUAAUUCAACAAGUAUUUGUGAAAGUUUACAAAACGAAUCAACUGCUCGGUUCGAAAAAUUGAUUACUUUGAUAAAUGAGCUUGUUACACGAAAUGUUUAUGAUUACUUAUCACACGUUGUUAAAAUAAAUCGAGAAACCAUCGCUAUUAGUUAUUCGAGCCACAAACAGAUAAAAUUUUCAAAAUUGUGUAUCGCGAAAAAAAUUAAAAUGGAUGAGGUGUUAAAAUAUAACGAGAAUGAAAAUGAUCUGGAAGAGCAUUGUAAUGGUACAGAUUUACUGCUCAAGGAUGAGCAUAGUGAAGCAUACGAAAAUACGGCCAGUAAAUCAAGUAAUACAAGGUUAAAAAAUGAGAAUUUGUUAGCUUGCAAACUACAAAAGGCUGUUCCACCAUUAAUAUUUCAAAUCGAAGAGUUGGAAAAAUUUCUUAUGAAACUAAGUCGAAAAACGAAAAAUCCUAGAUUAAUAGCAGCCAUGAAAAUGGGAACUUCCAGGGAUUUUCGAAUAAAUUUUGAUAAAUCUGUAACGCAAUAAAAGUUUGUUAUAAAAUAAUUUAUUAAUAUUUGAUAAAAUUUUACUAUAUUAUAUAAAAAUUUAUAAAAAUCGUGAUUGGUUAAUAUAAUUUUUUUGGUGUUUAAUUGGGUAAAAAAUUUCUGUAAUAAACAAUUGGAGGAAUGAUUUGAAGUAUUG